UCGCUCAGCGUGGUACGGUUGCUGAUGCUGAACGGUUAAGCAGGGAUAAAAUCCUAAGCAUAAUGAGUAGGCCUUUGUUCGAGUUUUGUAUUUGUUGAUCUGCUCCUGCUUGCAUAAAAGUAAAUACUUCACAUCCCCUUAAAAUCUUUAUGCGGUUCUGCUGGAGCCCAUUCCUGAUGCAUACCUCUACUCAAAAAAUUCUGGUAUUCUGCCUGCCAGAAUAAUGAGGAAGAGACGGCACUGGAAACCCCAUUUUCGUGUAUUUAAGCACUGGAUAUUUCAGAGUUGAGUUUGAAGACGUGUUGUAAGAUCUGACCCAAUGGCGAAAAAAGUACGCUCCAAGGGUGAAAAACCUGAAGCCAUCAUCUCUGCCUUACAAGCAGCCAAUGAAGAUCUUCGAUCCAAACUAACUGACAUUCAAAUUGAACUGCACCAAGAAAAAUGCAAGGUCAGCAAAUUGGAACGCGAUAAGACACAGGAAGCCAAGCGCAUCCGUGAGCAGGAGCAGCACCGGCACACUGCAGCUCUUACUGAACAACGGGCACGCUGGCAUGAGGAGAAGCUCAAGGAGCUGGCGGGACUGCGUGAGUCACUGACACGACAGCAUGAACAGGAGCUAGGUAGAACUGCCAAGAUCAAGGAUGGUGAGAUCCAGAGGCUACGGUCUGCAUUGGCUGCAUUGCGUGAUGGAACUGGUGAGAAGGUACGCACAACACUAGUGCUGGAGGCACGUGAUGAGGCACGGCGUUUCUUUGAGCAGGAACGUGCAAAGUUGCUAGGAGAAAUUGCUGAACUGAAGGCUGCAAAGCGUAAUACAGAUGAAGCGCUCAAUGCUGCCAUCCAAGCUGAUAAAACUAAGGCGGUUGACCUGCGUUCUGAGCACCAGGCACAUCAAGAACAGAUAACCAAGAUCAAGUGGGACUGUGAGCGGGACAUUCGGCGGCUGGUAGAUGAAAUUAAAGCGAAAGACAGGACAAUUUUCUCAAUGGAAAAAGAGCUGGAAACCACAACAUGUUUUCUGCAAAAGUUGCAGCUUCAAAAGGAUGCAUUGGAUGAGCAACUUUUCCUUGUGAAGGAAACAGAAUGCAACCUUGGAAGUCCAAAAAGAGAGAUCCCUGGAAGGGCUGGUGAUGGAGCAGAGCACUGUGGGAGCCCGGAAAUGAGGAGGAAUCAAAGACGUGUUGCUGAAAUGAACGCCACGAUCCGAAAGUUGGAGGACCGUAACGCCCUUCUAGUGGAUGAAAGAAAUGAGCUACUAAAACGAAUGCGGGAGUCAGAGAAGCAAUGUAAACCACUGCUGGAGAAGAACAAGAUAUUGAAUAAGAAGAAUGAUGAGCUGACUCAGUCUCUCCAGCGCAUGGAGGAGAAGAUUAAGGCCUUGACCAAAGACAAUCUGGAGAUGAAAGAGAAAAUUGCUUCUCAUCCACCAUUAAAGAAGCUGAAAUCUUUAAAUGACCUGGACCAGGCACAAGAUGAACAAGAGAUUGCGUUUCUUAAGCUGCAGGUUCUUGAGCAGCAGAACAUGAUUGAUGAGCUGACAAGAGAUAGAGAAAAACUGCUUAGAAAGAAGCGGCAUAAACGAAGCAGGUCUAUUAAGAGGCAUAUUGUAGUGGACACAUUCUAUGGCUAUGGUGAAGAGUCAGUGGACUCAGAGACCUCUUCGGUGGCCUCUUUGCGUGUGGAUCGUACCCCAGCUACACCAGAUGAAGAUCUGGAUGAGAGUCUAGUCACUGAGUCUGAGCUGCGAUUCAGGCAGCUGACAAGGGAGUACCAGGCCCUUCAGAGAGCCUAUGCCCUGCUGCAGGAACAAAAAGGUGGCAUUUUUGAUGCUGAAAUGGAAGCCAAGGCUCAGGAGCAGCUCCAAACUGAUCUGCAGAGGUAUAAAGCUAAAAUUGAAGACCUAGAGAAAGAGCUUGCUUCCAAAGGACAAGAUUCAAAAUGGGUAGAAGAGAAACAGCUCUUCCUCAGGCACAAUCAAGAGUUCCUGGAGAAGAUGGAAAAGGUGGAUAAUGAAAAUUCCCGACUUCAGCAAGAGCUCCAGGAUUCCAAAGACCAGAAUGAGCUGCUUGAGUUUCGCAUACAUGAACUAGAGGAGAGAGAGAGGAGAUCCCCACCCUACACUCUUUCGAUUCACCCUUUCUCAGAAGGAGUUAGUGCCCUUCAGAUUUACUGUAUAAAGGAAGGAGUAAAGGAUGUGUGUAUACCUGAUCUGAUCAAAUUAUUAGAUAUUUUAGGAGAUAAUGGGAAUUUAAGGAAUGAAGAACAAGUGGCCAUAAUCCAAGCAAGUACUGUCCUGUCCCUGGCUGAGAAGUGGAUCCAGCAGAUUGAGGGCACAGAGGCAGCGCUCCAUCAGAAGAUGAUCGAUUUAGAGCUGGAGAUGGAGAUAUUCUGCAAGCAAAAAGGAUAUCUAGAGGAGGAGCUUGACUACAGAAAGCAGGCCCUUGAUCAGGCUUAUAUGCAAAUCCAGGAGCUGGAGGCAACCCUGUAUAAUGCACUACAACAAGACAAGGUGAUCAAAUAUGGUGAGCCAUUGAGCGAACUGCAGAAGGAUGAGCUACGCACAGCUGUGGAGAGGCUGCGACGACAGAUGCUAAGAAAGAGUCGCGAGUAUGACUGCCAGGUACUACAGGAAAGAAUGGAGCUUCUCCAUCAAGCCCACCAGAGAAUAAGAGACUUAGAGGAUAAAACAGAUAUUCAAAGAAGGCAAAUUAAGGAUCUUGAGGAAAAGUUUUUAUUUUUGUUUCUGUUUUUUUCUCUUGCUUUUAUUCUUUGGCCGUAAUGUCUAUGGCAUAUGCUACUGAGGUGCUGCAACAACCUGAACAACUGCGGUUUUCCACUUAUGAAGACUAAAAUUGUAUUACUGGCCAUGUUUUCUUUGUUGUUAUGGGUGGGUGUUGGAAAUGUAGUGCUUGAUUAUAGUAGCUUCAGUGGACUUGCCCUCCAAAGGAAGCUUUGGAUUACCUGGCAAAAUAACAAAACCUGAAAUAACACAAACACUGUGUCAACAAAUUCCAGGUAAACCAAACCAAAUGGAGGAGGAUUGUUUAUCUCUGCCAUGCAGGGGAUUUGCCAUUCCACCUGCCUACUGCAUCUUUCACACCAGAAAUGCCAUCCUUUAUCUCGAGACUAAGUUAAAAACUGUCAACUAACUUUUUUCCUACCUACAAAAACUUACCUAGAAAGUUUAAAGUGCAGGGGACACUCAUUCACACACACUAUGAGAGCUAUGAUACCUGACUAGCCUAUGAUACCUGUUUUUUUUUUUUGUCCAGACUCCUAAGAAGAACAUUGUCUUACACUGGCUGAAUAGAAAAUGGCAAAUGAAAAGAGAUCAAAAGACCCAAUUUGCUGCAAGCAUAUUUCUCAAUCUAGUCAGUGGAGUUUACUUUAACAUAUUUUUGAGACUGAGUGAAAAGUAAUAAUGUUUAUACUUAUUGUGCCCAUAAGUCGCCCC